UGUGAACAGAAAGCUUGCAGUAUAGCAUCGCUAUUCUAUUCUACUAGGAUGAAUGCUGUCGUGUUGUAUUGGGACCAUACCGGUACACGGUAUCCAUCCGUUAAAAUUCUACGUAUCCGUAAAAUUUUACUGUUCCGUUGUCCAGUAUUCGAUGACACAGCGGAAUGUCAUUUUUUAAUGGAACGAUAUUUUUUACUGUAUACAGAUACUGUGCUAUGUGUGAAGUCGCUCUUACAACUACAAACGCCAUCGCCAAACUACACGAUAAAACGGAACAGUCAAACGGAGGCAUUGUGUGAACCGGCCGUUACGUCCUAUUUUCAAUUUAGCUAUUUAUGAUUUAACUAGAACCAGUUUCGAUCAUAUUUUAUUUCAGAUCCUAUUUUUGCGAUGAACAACAAUAAAGACGCAGAAAUAUUGCUAAAAAGUAAAACGACAACGGACCGUCUGUUUAGGUAUAUGAUAAUAACUUGUAUUAUCGCAACGCCCAUGUUUGUUUCAUUCUUGUUCAUCAAAAGAUAUUAUGAUCCCACCGCAAGGAUCUCUGUAUAUACGCCGUUCGAAGUUAAUUCUUGGGGCAGUUACGCAAGGGCAGUAUUCUUGAAGGCUUAUCCUGUAUUCUGGAUGGGUUGCGGCCACCUAUCCUUGGACUACACCGUGGUGCUGUACUUCUGUCAAAUGAAAGUUCAGCUGGAGAUCAUCAAGAGCAAUAUAGAACAUCUAUUUGACUCAGACAACCCGACGAACGAAUUGAUUCCUAGAGGUCGCCACCGAUACAGUGACGAAAUUGACCAAAAUAUUAAGGACCGCUUCAUUCAUUACGUUAAGAGAUAUGAAAACCUGCUUUGUUUGUCCAGGUUUUCACGCGAGGUCAACUCCAUUUUCAAUAUUCCGAUUUCAAUACAUUUUUUGACGUCGAUGGUUUCUACCUGUGCGGCGACAUACAUUUUUAGUACGGUUAAAAUACUGUCAUUCCAGGGCUUAUUCCUGCUGAUGUUAAUAAUGAUUUUAUCAGCCCAAGUGUUUUUCAUUUGUUACUUUGGCAACUUGGUGCAGUUUGAGAGUGAGUCAGUAGCGUCGGCAGUGUACCUGAGUAACUGGUACUCAGCGUCGCCUCGGUUUCGUCGCAUCCUGCUCAUCGCCAUGCUGUGCUGGUCGCGUCCUCUCUCUCUCACAGUCUCUGGCGUCGUACCGAUCUCUUUGGACACCUUCGUCUCGGUGAGAAUACAUUAUCCUAACAAACGUCAUUUCUUUCUCGAACUUAUUUAAGUGAUUCGAGCCUUUGUUGGAAAAAAAUAUAAACCUUCUCUGUCACCUA